UUUUUGGCCUUCGUCGCAAAAUGAAUGGCGUGCCUUCUUUAAGGGUUCCCCAAUGUCACGCACAACUUUACAGAAAAUUCUUGGAGACAAAAGGUGUUUUAGACCUGAAGUACUGCAUGCAGAAGUAUCCAGAUGGGACGGUAACCCUGCCAUUACAAUCUUCCAUUCUGCCUCAGCUUGAUCUACCUGCUUUGCAGUACGCUAUUGCCCCUGACAGUACUUGUGAAAUCGUUCACAUUCAGGUGCCUCAAUUGUCAAAGAAGGCGAGAGCCAAGUCGUGUGUUGACAAACUUGUGGAUGCAUUGCAAGAGCUGUUGGCCUCCCACGGAGAAAAAUGGAGUGAGGAAUUAAGGAAAGACAUUCCCCAAAAAUGGCAACGACAUGGUGACUUGAUCAUGUUUGGAGAGGACUGCUUCAGACAAACAGUCUGGAAGAAAAUUGGGCCAGGGCUGUGGCAGGCAGUGGCUCAUGGGUUGGGAGUGAAGCGUUUGGCACAGAUCAAAUGUAUCUCUAAAGAUGGAUAUAGGAGCCCUGUUGUAACAUUGGUAUUAGGGGAGAGCAGUUAUGUUACACACACUGAUAACCACAUCAGGUAUGAGUUUGAUGUUACCAAGUGCAUGUUCUCAUUUGGAAACAUCACAGAGAAGCUCAGAAUAGCCUCGUUUAACUGCAGCGGUGAGACUGUGGUUGAUUUGUAUGCAGGAAUUGGCUAUUUCACCCUUCCGUAUUUGGUGCAUGCUGGUGCAGCCCAUGUGCAUGCUUGUGAGUGGAACCCUGAUGCUGUUGCAGCUUUGCAAAGGAACCUGCAUCUCAAUGGAGUGUCAGAUCGCUGCACAGUCCACCAAGGAGACAACAGACAACUCACCUUGCAAGAUGUAGCUGAUCGGGUCAAUCUGGGUCUUAUACCUAGCUCUAAGGAUGGCUGGCCUGUGGCAUGCCAGUUGCUUAGGAAGGACACAGGAGGGGUACUCCACAUCCAUGAAAAUGUCACGUCAGUAUCAUGCACAGCUGAUCAAAAGAAUCACUCUGUAACCGAACUGCAGAGAAACACAACACUUGAGUAUGAACAGGAUGGAGAGAAUUUAAAUGAAUCUACUAUGAGUGAUAUGGAUGCUUGGAAAGCCUGGGCUGGGGAAACGGCCAACCGUAUUGCUGCUUUGUUGAAAGACAUUACAGGGGACCAAUGGAGGACCAACAUUCAGCAUAUUGAGCAUGUUAAAUCAUAUGCUCCCCAUAUUAAUCACAUAGUUCUGGACUUGGAGUGCAGGCCUCUCAUUUAAACUGUAAAG